AUGGAGGUUUUCUAUGUCUCUUUGCUUUCCUUGUUUGUUUUUCUUGUAACCCUUUCACUCAAUUCCCUCUUCUUCAAGAAACAAUCUGGUUUAUCUGGUCCCUUACCCCCCGGGAAGACUGGGUGGCCGUUGAUCGGAGAAUCCCUAGACUACCUUUCUUGUGGAAGGAAAGGUAAACCUGAAAAUUUCGUGUUUGAUCGGUUGGCAAAAUACUCAUCCAGUGUAUUCAAAACACAUCUUUUCGGAGAAAAAGCUGUUGUUUUCUGUGGGGCUGUGGGGAACAAAUUCUUGUUUUCGAACGAAAACAAGCUUGUGGAAGUUUGGUGGCCUCGCUCAAUUGACAUUGUCUUUCAUCCAUCCAAUGAAACUUCACCAAAAGGAGAUGGAAUCCAACUGAAAAAAAUGUUUCCCAAUUUCCUAAAACCCGAAGCAUUACAAAGCUACAUCGGCACCAUGGAUGAUAUUGGUACAAAACAUUUUGCUUCUAGUUGGGAGAACCAGGAUCAAGUUGAAGUUUACCCACUUUCCAAGAACUACACUUUCUCGGUUGCUGCUAGAUUGUUUGUCGGUCUUGAAGAUCCUACUGAAGUUGCCAAAUUGUUUGAACCUUUUGUUGUUUUGCCUGCUGGGCUGUUUUCAUUGCCAAUUAAUUUGCCUGGAACACCAUUUAGUAAAUCAAUUAAGGCAUCAAAUCAGAUCAGGAAGCAACUUUUGGCAAAGAUUAAGCAGAGGAAACUUGAUUUGGCUGAUGGAAAAGCAUCCCCUACUCAGGAUCUCUUGUCAGUUAUGUUGACUACAAGUACUGAAGACGGGGAAUUUUUGAGUGCAACAAACGUUGCUGAUAAAAUUCUAGGAUUGUUAAUUGCUGGUCAUGACACUACUAGCACUACAUGCACUAUGAUUGCCAAGUAUUUAGCUGAGUUGCCUGAGAUUUAUGAAGCUGUCUACAAGGGACUAUGGCUAGGUUUUCGGAGGUAG